AUGUCAAUUAAUUUUCAUUCCUCUAUACAGUCUUUAAAAGAAAGAGGAAUAUUAAAGAUAUGUUUUUUACCAAAAUCUCAGUUUGAUAAAUUUCAAGUUAGCGAAUUUCAUGGAGAUGUAACACUGUCAUACCAAAUUUCUACUUUUCUUUUAAAUUAUAAACCAUUUUUUACACCACAUUUGUUAACAGAGUUAAGAAGUUUGUCAAGCAGCAAUCAAAUUUUAAGUGAUUUUUUUAAAUUGUUUGAAAUCCAAACAUUUAUUUCAACAGAGGAGGUUCAAGAAUAUAGCACUAAAAGUCGUGCUGAUGUUAUCGAAGCAAUGAUUUCUGAGUUAUCACAGUCUAGCGAUCCAGAUGCACAGUUGUUAUUAAAGUCUAUUAUUGGAUUUUUAAUUGGGUGGGGUGAAAGAGAUUUCAAUUUAAAGUAUCCUCAUAUUAUUGAAGAAGGAAUUUUAAAGAAACCUAAAUCAAAUGAAAAACCAAAAGCCAUUGUAACCUAUGUUGUUUCUCCUUCUAAAAAAACCAACUCCUCAUCACCAUCCUAUCAACAAUAUAAUGAUGUGGUUCAGAAUUAUCAAAACCAUAUGCAUUAUCAAACCCAAAGUAACUGCGCUCAACAAAAACAACAAGUAUACUCAGAACCUCAAAAAACUAGACAAACCUCAAAACAAUUCCAACAACAACAACAAACCCAUCAAUCUAGUCCAACACCUACUUUUAUUCCACUUUUAACACCAUAUUCAAUAGAAUCAAGCAAAAUUGAAUUUGAAAAGUCUAGAGAAGAAGUAAAUAUGUAUGAUAGUUUUAGUCCUGUAAGAAAGUCGUGUUCUAAAAAAGAAUCAAAAAAAGAUCUUGUGCCAUAUUUUGGAGAUAUUAAUUAUAGCAAUAAUAAUAAUAAUAAUAAUAAUAAUAACACCAAUAAUGGCCCAAGUCACAAUAAUUUUAAUAAUAAUUAUUAUGGCAACUACAAUAACUCCAACAAUUCAAAAAUUACAAAUUUAUUAAGUUCAACUACCUUAAGUAGUGGAUAUUCUUCAAAUAAUCACCUAUUAGAGGAAGAAAAUACCCUUUUAUCACCAUACAGCGUAGAGUUAGCUUUAAAUGCUCAACAAAGAUCAAAGAUAAAUUAA